AUGAAUAUUUGAUUAGUUUAUUACUUGGAUCUGCACUUGGAUUGAUGAGCUCUGUCGUGGCUCUUAUCAAUAGAAAAUAGCAAAAGGACUUCAUUGAAUUUAAGGGAAGUAAAAAAGACAAGACUUUCUCUUGAAGAUCUGCUCUCUUCAAUCAUAAAAGGUGCAGAAGGAGGCAGCGAGAAGUUUGAUGCAGAUGAUAAGCUUAUUCAGCCAUAUCAAGAUUUAAAUUAG